AUGCAAUCCCUCACCACCCUCACCCUCGCCCUCCUCGCCGCCGCCGCUGGCACCUCCGUGACCGCCUCCCCCAUCGCAAAAACCACCGUCCAAUUCACCAACGACUACUCCGGGCGAUCCGCCAACGUUCCCGUCUCCCUCGACGGCGCAAAGAACAGCGUCGCCGCCCUCCUCACCAACACCCCUCUCGAUGCAAACCACAGCUUCCUGGCCACGUCCUUCUUCCUGCAGUCCAACUUCCAGGGCGUCAAGUGCGAUCUCUAUCUUGAUAACUAUGUUGUUACGAUCACGGAGCAGCGUACUUUUGCCGGGUUUGCGCCUGUUGCGCAGCCGAAGGAUUUGGUGGGUGCGCAGAUUGCUUGUGUUAAGUACUGA